CAAGCUAUAAAAGAAGAAAAAAAAAGCAAACUGCGAGAGUUAGCAUAGCAGCUCACACUUCUAUUGGGCAACGUGCGAGAUUGAAGUGUUAGUUGUUGGGGUCGUUAAACUGUCUACACUCUAUAACAUCAAAAUGUUGAAAGACUUGGUGAGGGAGCGACUAAUCGCGGCCGCCGACGAAAUAUUCCGACUGUUUGAAAAAACGAUAGCGUCGUACGAGGAGCAACUUCGUCGCGCGAGAGAGGAGACCGAGCGACGACGACAACUGGAAGCCGUUUGCAACACUCAAAUUGUGUUGCGCGUCCAAGACGUCCAGCAGCCAAUUUGUCGUCCGGAAGAACUUCCUCAUCAGUGGCAGUGCUCCAAUCUGAAGCAAGAGGAUCCGCAGCUCCCCCAUGUCAAAGAAGAAGAAGAAGAGGAGGCUGACGUCAGCAAGUUGCCAGCGACUGGUCUCUCUGUGAAGAGCGAAGAUGACGAAGACGACCCCCCCAAGAUGUCACAGCUUUACCGUCACAGUCCUAGUGGAGACCACUGUAGAAGACCACCACCAGACAACCUCUUAGCACCACUGUCAGACAGUAACGACAUGGAACAAACGUUAAGUGACGCAGACUGCCGAGGUGACGACAAACGCGUUAAAUGUUUUGUCGAAGGCACAAAGGAAGCUUUACAAAAGUGUAAAAAAUUUGUUACCUGCUUAGUUUGUGGUGAUAGGUUUACCAAACAACAUUUGAUUAGACACAUGAGAAUACACACAGGAGAGAAACCCUUUCAUUGCUCAGUUUGUAGCAAUCGGUUUACUAAAAAGUCAACUUUGGUUAGACACAUGAGAAUACACACAGGAGAAAAACCAUUUAGUUGUUCAGUUUGUUGUAAAGCAUUCAGCGAAAAGUCCCAUAUGGUUAAACACAUGAAAAUACACACAGGAGAAAAACCCAUUAGUUGCUCAAUUUGUAAUAAUAGGUUUACUAAAAAGUCAACUUUGGUGAGACACAUGAGAAUACACACGGGAGAAAAACCUUUUAGUUGUUCAUUUUGCAGUAAAACAUUUGGCGGAAAGUCUGAUAUGGUUAAACACAUAAGAAUACAUACAGGAGAAAAACCCUUUAGUUGCUCAGUUUGCAGUAAAACAUUCAUUGAAAGGGGAAAUAUGAUGAAACACAUGAGAAUACACACAGGAGAAAAACUUUUUGUUUGCUCGUUGUGUAAUAAAACAUUCCGGCGACGAUCACAUCUGGAAUCACAUAUGAGAACGCACACAGGAGAAACACUUUAGUUGCUCAGUUUGUGGUGACGUUUUUCUCAUCUAAACUGUUUACCGGUAGUUGCACACAUGCGAACACACAACAAAGGGACAAUAAAAUAUUUUACAGUAGACCCUGCAACACCAUGGAUGGACACAUGAUUAUAUGUCGAUCCUGGUACAAUUCUGAAAACUUCAUCUGCUUUACUAAAUCAAAAUAAAGAUGAUGUGGAAAUAAAUUAAUGCCCCUGUCAAUCAAACUGAAACAAGAAACGAAAUUGAUAAAACAUGAUGAUGAAUUUUGUUGUAUGUGUAAAAAUGUAUCAUCAAUGUAACGUUUCAUAGAUUGGUACAACUAUUUUAUUUACAGAGUUGAAAUUUUUUUUUCCAACAUUAAAUGGUUACACUUCACAAUUCACGUCCUCUUAAAGCUAACGCUUGUGAUUGGCUCUCUCUGGUCAUGAGCCAUUCUGCUCUAGUCGCAAACAUGACAUAUUUUUCCAAAUAUGACCUCAAAGCGCCACCUUGUGGUGCAAUCUAUUAGUUUGCCUGUGGUUUUGAUAAGAUUGAACUCAUAGUUACACUUGAACACACGUUUCAUCUUUCUAAUUUUGGACUUUUUAUGAAACAUUCACUUAUCUGGGUCGUAAAAUGAAGCGAUAUUAUCGAAAUUGUCCAAAUUUGUCAUUAGGUCAACACGGUAUCAUGUUUUC